AUGGAUAACUGCACAUCAUUGGAGAAAAUUCCAGAAAUCUCACCGGGGAAUGACGAAAUGUAUCUGGGUUUGACCAAUUGCGUUUCUGUUUCUUCUCCACAUUCUCAUUUCAACAUUAGUCUUCCAGGCGAUGAAGUUCCAAAGUGGUUCAGCUGUCGUAAAGAUGCAACACUAGCUAAAGUUAAAAAGAAGGAAGAGGAGGAAGAGGAAUAUUACCAUGCUGGAUGUGAAGUUAGUUUUGAAAUUCCUCCAAAUUUAAAAUUGGAGACGUUAAGAUUGGUUCUAUGUGUUGUUAGUAUUGCUCAUGCCAAGAUUCUUCUCAAUGGAAAACCCGUCAAUGAGAGUGGUAUUGGAUUAUAUGAGAGACAUAUUGGAUUACGGGAAAGUCAUGUGUGCCUCGAGUCUAUUCCAUUAUUGGAUAGGCGAAACGCGUACGAGUUUGAAGAACCAUCGACGAAGCAGGGUAAUACGUGUCAAGUUAUAUUUGACUUGUCUGGCGAAGUGCCCACACCCGUUAAAAUUCCCUGCGGGGUCCACCUAUUAGGUCACCAAGUUGUUGAUGUCAGUGAGACUGAUGUUGUUGAUCAUGGGCCAACGCAGUUGUUGUUACCUGAUGCGAUGGCAGUGGACGAUGAUAUUUACGAUGAUCAACACCAAGACUGCGAAUUGCUUUCCUUGUCUUUAGGAUCAAAGACUAGUCUUGGCAAGAGGCCUCGCCAAUCAUAUUACAUGGCACUUCAUGAUGAUCAUCGUGCUAACGUCGUCGACAUUGGUGAUCAUGAAGCUCAAUGGCUUUCCUUGUUAACGGGACCAGCGGAUCACCAAAAGAGGAGGCACAUUGAUCCUAAUGAGGAGCCAAAGUAUGCAAUGAAGAUCCAAAGUGGUUUAUGUGAGCCCCAGGUUCAGCCAUUGAAAGGAACCCAAUUUCCGGCAAUGGUCUGGUAA